CAUCCGGCGGUUCAAGAAAGCUUUCCCUGUGUUUGGUGUGUGUUUUUCCGAGAAAACAACAACCGUAAACAUGGCCGGUGCUAAUCCAUUCCAGAGCUUGCUGAAGGAGAUCAACGUCAAUGGUGAAACAUUCCAUUACUUCGACAUUGCCUCAUUCCCGGAGUAUCGUGAACUUCCCUACAGUGUGCGUGUGCUGCUUGAAUCAGCUGUCCGCAACUGCGACAACUUCCAGGUCCUGGAGAAGGACGUUCGCGGCAUCCUGCGAUGGAAGCAAAUGAAGGGCACACCAUCGUCGGAAGACGAGCUGGAAAUCCCGUUCAAGCCAGCACGUGUUAUCCUGCAGGAUUUUACCGGCGUACCGGCAGUGGUCGAUUUCGCCGCUAUGCGUGACGCUGUGUUGAAGCUUGGUGGUGACCCAGACCGUAUCAACCCAAUCUGCCCGUCCGAUCUAGUGAUUGAUCACUCGGUACAGGUCGACUUUGCUCGCAGUGAGGAUGCUUUGGCCAAAAACCAGGACCUCGAGUUCGAACGCAACAAGGAACGGUUUACGUUCCUGAAGUGGGGUGCCAAGGCGUUCAACAACAUGCUCAUCAUUCCGCCCGGUUCGGGCAUUGUGCAUCAGGUGAAUCUGGAGUAUUUGGCGCGGGUUGUGUUCCAGGAUGCAAAGAAGGAUGGUUCGACGCGUAUGCUCUACCCGGACAGCGUUGUCGGUACGGAUUCCCACACCACCAUGAUCAAUGGACUCGGGGUGGUUGGUUGGGGUGUUGGUGGAAUUGAGGCGGAAGCGGUUAUGCUCGGACAAGCCAUCUCCAUGUUGCUGCCGGAAGUUAUCGGCUACAAGCUGGUUGGCAAGCUGAGUCCACUCGUGACGUCAACCGAUCUGGUGCUGACGAUCACGAAACACCUCCGGCAGAUCGGUGUGGUGGGCAAGUUUGUGGAAUUUUUCGGCCCGGGUGUAAGUGAACUGUCGAUUGCGGAUCGUGCCACCAUUAGCAACAUGUGUCCGGAGUAUGGUGCUACCGUCGGGUACUUCCCGGUGGAUAAGAACGCGCUAGAGUAUCUGCGCCAGACGAACCGUGCCGAGGAGAAGGUGCGCGUGAUUGAGGCUUACCUGAAGGCGACGGAUCAGUUGCGCGAUUUCGGCAAUGCCGAACAGGAUCCGGUUUUCACGCAAAUUGUGGAGCUAGAUCUGGCUAGCGUCGUUACGUCCGUUUCGGGACCGAAGCGUCCUCAUGAUCGGGUGUCGGUGAGCGAGAUGCAACAGGAUUUCCGUGAAUGUUUGACGAAUAAGGUCGGAUUCAAGGGAUUCGCCGUUCCGGAAGCGGAACUUGCUGCGGAAGGUACGUUCAGCUGGACCGAUGGAAAGACAUACUCACUCAAGCACGGAUCGGUCGUGAUUGCGGCUAUCACGUCCUGCACCAACACAAGCAACCCGUCGGUUAUGCUGGGAGCCGGUCUGCUGGCAAAGAAAGCGGUUGAAGCGGGCCUCAAGGUUGCACCGUACAUCAAAACGUCCCUCUCGCCGGGAAGUGGCGUCGUCACGUACUAUCUGAAGGAAUCGGGUGUCAUUCCGGCACUGGAAGAGCUUGGUUUCAAUGUGGUUGGGUACGGUUGUAUGACGUGUAUUGGAAAUUCGGGUCCACUGGACGAUAAUGUCGCGAACACGAUCGAGAAAAACAAUCUCGUGUGCUGCGGUGUCCUUUCCGGCAAUCGUAACUUCGAGGGACGUAUCCACCCGAACACACGGGCCAACUAUCUUGCUAGCCCGCUGCUGGUGAUCGCUUACGCCCUUGCCGGUACGGUCGAUAUUGACUUCGAGAAGCAACCGAUCGGUACGCGCCCGGACGGAUCGGCCGUAUUUUUGCGUGACAUUUGGCCAACCCGGCAGGAGAUUCAGGCGGUCGAAAAACAGCACGUCAUACCAGCCAUGUUCCGCGAUGUGUACGAAAAGGUUGAGCUGGGUUCGCCCGCCUGGCAGGGUUUGGAUGCACCGACCGGCAAGCUGUACCCGUGGGAUGGUUCUUCGACAUACAUUAAGCGUCCACCGUUCUUCGAGGGUAUGACACGUGAUUUGCCAACGAUCGGAAAAAUCGUUAAUGCCCGGGCACUAUUAAAUCUGGGCGAUUCCGUCACGACGGAUCACAUUUCACCGGCCGGCUCGAUUGCACGCAACAGUCCCGCUGCCCGGUUCCUAUCCGAUCGGGGUCUUACGCCGCGUGACUUUAACUCGUACGGUUCCCGGCGUGGUAACGAUGAUAUUAUGGCACGUGGAACGUUCGCUAACAUUCGCCUGGUUAACAAGCUGGUACCACGUCCAGGGCCCCGCACCCUGCACAUUCCGAGCGGGGAGGAGAUGGACGUGUUCGACUGUGCUCAGCGUUAUGCCGGCGAAGGAACACCUUUGAUUGCGCUCGUCGGAAAGGAUUAUGGUAGCGGAUCGAGCCGCGAUUGGGCAGCAAAGGGUCCGUAUCUGCUCGGUAUUCGUGCGGUCAUUGCGGAAUCGUACGAGCGCAUCCACCGUUCAAAUUUGGUUGGAAUGGGAAUCGUUCCCCUUCAGUAUCUGACCGGACAGAACGCUGAAAGCCUUGGACUUACCGGACAGGAGCUGUUUAGCAUUGCGAUUCCGGCCGACUGCAAACCGCACGAACGUAUCACCGUCAGUACGGACGCUGGCAAACAGUUCGAGGUGAUUGCACGCUUCGACACGGAGGUGGACCUGGAGUACUUCCGCAAUGGUGGCAUCCUCAACUACAUGAUCCGGAAGAUGAUCGACUAAGCGAAG